UUAAAAUAAAUAAAAAAACUCUUCUGUUUAUUUCCUUCUAUUUUCCCCCAAGGAAGACGAAGAACCGCCAUUUCAUCUCCAUUGCCAUGGCUUCAGAUUUCGCCUUGAAAGUUCCUGCCGAGCUGGAAUCAGCUCGGUUGAAGACCGUACACUACUUCGUCACUAAGAGACCAUGGCUCGAUCUUUAUGGCGUUAAUGUGAGGCCGGUUGCGCCUUUUGGAAGCGUAAGUAGAAAACCCUAUAUUGAUUCGGCAUUUAUACACCGUUGCUUGCCCGAUGAGCUCCUUUUUGAGGUCUUUGCACGAAUGAGUCCGUAUGACAUGGGAAGGGCAUCUUGUGUCUGUCGAAAAUGGAGGUACACAAUUCGUAACCCUGUGUUUUGGCGUAAUGCGUGCUUAAAGGCCUGGCAGCGUGCUGGAGUGGUAGAAAACUAUAAGUUAUUGCAAUCAAAAUAUGAUGGUUCGUGGAGGAAAAUGUGGCUUUUAAGACCAAGGCUCCGUAUUGAUGGUCUCUAUGUUAGUAGGAACACAUAUAUUCGUGCAGGAAUUGCUGAGUGGAAGAUUACCAAUCCAGUUCACAUAGUAUGCUACUUCCGAUACUUGAGAUUCUUUCCUUCUGGCAGAUUUCUUUACAAGAAUUCUUCUCAAAAGAUCAAGGAUGUGGUAAAAUUCAUGAAUUUCCGUGCAUCUAAAGCAGCAGACUCUGUUUUUGGUGGUCAUUACACAUUGUCUGAUGACAAGGUGGAGGCUGCUGUUUUGUACCCUGGAAUGCGUCCGACGGUGUUGCGAAUCCGCUUAAGAUUACGAGGAACAACUGCUGGGGCUAACAAUCGGAUGGAUUUACUCUCACUUGUUACAAGUGGUGUAAAUGAUAAUGAGGUUGGUGGCCCUGAUGAGGACAUCCUUGGAGUGGUUGAAGGGUGGCAGGAUGAUGAAACUCACAACCCAGAUGUGCCUGCAAUCUCGCACAAGAGGGGUCUGACACCUUUUGUAUUUGUUCCAUUUGAAGAGGUGGAAACAUCAGUUUUGAAUCUGCCUGUGGAAAAGAUGGAUUAUUUUGUACCUGGGUGAUACAGCCAGCAACCAAGCACCAAUUACUGUAAAUAUGAAAUGCAUCCCGAAGUAGUUGGGUUAUUGUAUUGUAUGUGUAGAUGUAAAAAGGUGAUGUUGGGUUAAUCAACAUUUUGAUUUUGAAUGUUGUCGUCUGGAGAAUAAUGUGCUGGUGUCAUUGUGUUCUUUCUUUUUCUGCAGCUGCUGUUGCUUCUUAAUCUUUGUAAUCGAAUAUAAAAUAUUCACUGUUCCAAUUCAUUCAUUGAUGGAUGAAUUGUUGAGUGAUUAGUUGCUAGUGGCUACAGAUUGCCGUUCUUUUCAGAUAUAUGAUACGUGAUAAUUGUAUAA